CUAUACGGAAAAUUAAAACAGGGAGUAAUAAAAGGAGGAGAGCAAUAAGAGUGAAAGGAAAAGACGAAGAAACUCGAUUUUUUGCUUUCGACCACCAGGAGGAGCAGGUAUGAUUUCUGGUGGGGAUUUUACAGUUAAACUUCCUUAGCCUCUCCGCUAAGAACACAAGAUCAAGGGGUCGUGAGAACAGCUCAAAUAGCUCAGACUUAAUUUUGACACCCAUUCGUAGUUGUCCUUCCAGAGUACCUGGCUUUUAUUUCUUCUCUUGAUCCCUUGUUUUCGUUGGUUGAGCCUUGAGAUAGAUUGUGCUCAUACAGCAUGGGUAAUCUUUUUUGCUGUAUACAAGUUGACCAAUCAACAGUAGCUAUCAAGGAAAGAUUUGGAAAAUUUGAAGAAGUACUUGAGCCUGGAUGCCAUUGUUUGCCUUGGUUUCUUGGAAGUCAGCUAGCUGGACAUCUCUCUCUUCGGUUGCAGCAGUUGGAUGUGAAGUGUGAGACAAAGACAAAGGACAAUGUAUUUGUCAAUGUUGUGGCAUCUAUACAAUACCGUGCCCUGGCUAAUAAGGCAAAUGAUGCUUUCUACAAACUAAGCAAUACAAGAACCCAAAUUCAGGCCUAUGUUUUUGAUGUCAUCAGAGCAACUGUACCAAAGCUCAAUCUGGAUGAUGUUUUUGAGCAGAAGAAUGAAAUUGCAAAGGCUGUGGAAGAAGAACUUGAAAAGGCUAUGUCUGCUUAUGGGUAUCAGAUCGUACAAACAUUAAUUGUUGACAUAGAACCUGAUGAGCAUGUGAAGCGAGCAAUGAAUGAAAUAAACGCUGCUGCUAGGUUAAGGGUGGCAGCUAAUGAAAAGGCAGAGGCAGAGAAAAUUAUACAAAUCAAACGUGCUGAGGGCGAAGCCGAGUCCAAGUACCUAUCUGGAUUGGGUAUUGCUCGUCAACGUCAGGCAAUAGUGGAUGGUCUAAGAGACAGUGUGCUGGGAUUCUCAGUCAAUGUCCCAGGAACCACUGCAAAGGAUGUUAUGGAUAUGGUUCUUGUCACACAAUAUUUUGACACCAUGAAGGAGAUUGGUGCUGCCUCUAAAUCCUCUGCAGUUUUCAUCCCCCAUGGACCUGGGGCAGUUCGUGAUGUUGCCACCCAGAUCAGAGAUGGACUAUUGCAGGCGUCUUCCCACCAUCAAUGAGAUGGGCUUUUGUUUACGGAUUGUUUAUACUAGUUUGUCUUGAAGAAUUGUUCUUGGUCUUAUGGAGUCGUGCCCAUUGGUCUUCAAAUAUUUAGGUUGGUAUAUAUGUCUACUGUAACCAGGUUUUCAUAGAAUAUGUUUUUGUUUUCUUUUCAUGAUUGGUAUUGCUUUUGUUGUGAGAAACAUACUGUUUGCCGCGUUUCAGUCCUGAAUCUUCCGAUUCACCUUACCGGUCCGUUUACAAUAGUGUAUGUGUGAACUCAAACAAAUUUACACUUUUAGCGGUUUUAUCAGAUCGGACCAUCACGAUUCA